CGGCGCAGGAACAACACGAGAUGCGUACGUUUUCGAAACCGCCGUUGAUGGAAGAGGGCCGCCCAGCGGGUCGGCCGUGGUGGGGGAGGGCAGGACCGAGUGUUGUUGAUAACAACACACUGGUCGCGUCGUAAACCGUCACCGUUUCCGUCCCCGAUCGAUGAGUAAGCGACGAAGCGGGCGAUAGAGUGGACGUCAAGGGAAGGUUCGUGCUGUGCUUCAACAACGAAACUUCUUUUUCAGUGCAUUGGGCUUCCACAAGCCCUCGGUGUACCUGCGAAGCAGGUUUUAGUUGGUGGCCGUGAAAUUAUUCUAUCCUAAAAUUUGAAAAAAAAAACACAAUUUUAAAUCCCGCUUGUCAAUAAUUGUGAAGGCAUUUAAGCCACCGUACUUACAAAGCGCAAAAAGACGCCAAAUCAUCGCCCAAAUCGAUAAGGAAUCGGGUGGGAUAAGGAAUCUCAUUUUUUUGGGGGAAUUUAAUUGUUCCCCUUUUCCCCUUCCCACUGCCAACACCACACAUGGGUGGUGUUACCUCCAGCCAGUUUCAGUUUAACGACGACGACGACGACGACGAAAGCAGUUAGGGAUAGAGUAAGGCACUCUUCUGGUUUGGUUGGUGUAAGUGGCUGCAGGAUACAACGCCAACCAUAUCCCGUCCGAGUGAGUGAGAGAGGACACGGGAGAGUGUGGCACAGGCGCAACACAGCACGAGGCGGGCGGUGUGUGUGGUGUUCGUUCCCGUUUUUCUUCGGCAGCCAGGAGGGAGUCCUGUUUCUUGGCUCCGUGUGUGCAGUAGCAGUCCGUGUCUCACACCACCUAGCAGCUCCAACGCAAGCCAUCGAUCCAGGGUGGCCAGUGUGAAGGGAAAAAACCCGUGUGACCUGUGGUAGUUCUGGCGCACUGGAUCCGCGUUAGCCUUUCCCCCAGGAACACCCGUGCGGGCUCUCUGGCAGUCCUGGUUUUCUUGGGAGCAAAAAUCCUGGAAGAGCAACAGAAAGAGUGGCUUCUGGCUACGCCUUGCUUAAAAGUGAACUCGUGGCGUGUCCCAAUUGAAAGUGAAAAUAAGUCAACGAGAGGAUAAAAAAAUUAAAAAAAAACAAAAAGAAAAACCUAGUACCAGUGCAUCCAUCGACGACGAAUCAGCUGUGGAGUAUACCAAUAUAUUACCCAAAACAUCCGGCACGGUUUUGGGGGUAGUAAAAAAUAAUAUCCUCAUCGCCACAGCCCAAGAAGAAGCACGUCGAGCCGCAACCAUAAGCUACGCAGCAGAGCAACGCGGAAGAAAACCCCGGAGAAAAACCAACCUCCAACCCCCCAAAGGCUACUACGACGCACGGAGCGUGCACGGAACUAGUGGAAGACGGAACGCAACAUGAACUUCUCACCGUUCGGGACACAUUUUCCCGGUUCGAUACCGGGAAUCCACCAGUUCGCCAGCUCGGGACUGGUGACGAGCGUACCGUCAGCGUCGCACGACUCCAGCAAUCGAUACCAUUCCAUUAACUCGAACGUCAACAUGGCCCACUUCAAUCAGAGCCAUGGGCCCAUUUUGGGCAAGUUCCACAGGGAACAGGAGUCUGGCGGGAACAACGGAACAGCGGGGAGCGGUGGUUCAAACAAGUACAAUGGACAUUCGGCGGGUUCCGGUAACUCGACGAUACCGACGACAACGAGUAGCGGUGGCGGCGGAGGAGGCCAAUACUCGAUUCCGUACAGCCAGCACUCGGACGUGUCGGACCACAAGCAACGCAACAUGUACCCUCAGUCGUCGAUUGGUUCCAGCUCGGCCGGCAGCAACGGUCAGAGCGCUCAGGAACUAAGUCAGGAUAUCAGUGCGCUUCUCCAGCAGGCGGACAGCAAGCGGGUUCUGCAGAAUCCCAGCUGGCAAUCGCUUACACCCGGCGCGUCCGUGGCCGACUAUCUGUCCCAUCUUCCCGGCAGCGCACUGCCCCUUUCGCUACACCACUUCCUCAAGUAUUCGGCGGAAAAUAUCAAGAAGGAAGCGCAGAAUCCUCUCUCCAGUAUCGACAUGUCACAGUCGCAGGGUGGCGCGCACAACUCCGGGAACAACGCGCACACCAACAACGGCGGUGGCAUGAUCCUCCCGGCAUCGCAGACGAUCGCCAGCAUCCUUGGCCAUCCCGGUGGCCACCACCAGCAGCAAGGUGGCGCGAGCGGACAGCAACAGCACUCGUCCCAGCAGGGUUCGUCCCUUGCCGGCCAUCAAACGAACGUCCAAGCUGCGGCGGCCACUUCAUCCACCGCCGGCGGGGCGACCCCAGCGAACGGGGCUGCAGCCGCCACCGACAAGAAGAAAAAGAAGAAGAAGAAGAAACCCCCAAAGGAGCGCAAACCGCGCCCCAAACCAGGCGAAAUCCAGGUGCGCACGGCCUUGGACGGGAGCCUGCUGUUCCUGUGUCCCGAGUGUCAGAUGGCGUACCCGGAGCGGGAACUGCUCGAGCAGCACCUGAUCGGGCACAACCUGGAGCGCCGUUUCAUCUGCGACAUCUGCAAUGCGGCACUGAAGCGGAAGGACCAUCUGACGCGCCACAAGCAGAGCCACAACCCGGAGCGACCGUUCGCUUGCACCAUCUGCCUGAAGGCGUUCAAGCGCAAGGAGCAGCUGACGCUCCACUUCGUCAUCCAUUCCGGCGAGAAGCGACACAUCUGUCAGGAGUGUGGGAAAGGAUUCUACCGAAAGGAUCAUUUGCGUAAGCACACCCGAUCGCACAUAGCACGUCGGUUGAAGGCGGAACUGAGUCAACAGCAGGGAGGUAGUGCGGCGGAUGGAGCAACUUCCAGCACUGGUCGUGGUGGAGCUCAGACACAAACUGGCGCCGCCAACCAACAACAACAACAACCACAACCGCCUGCAAUGCAACAGCAAACUCAAAUGACUGGCGCGGGUCCACAACAAUCCGGCCAGCAGCAGCAGCAACAGCCGCAACAACAGCUACAACCACCCCAGUAUCACAACCUCACGCAAGCCCCCGGACAAUCGCAGAUGAUGUCGUAAGGGUUUCCCCUCCCCGUCUUCGCUUUCCAAACGCGUGAGAAGAUUAGCAAAAUCAAAUUCCAGAUUAGCGAACGAUUUAACAGAUAGCGCAAAGUUUCAUUCGGAUAAUAUUAACUAAAAUAACUCUUAUCAAAUAUUGAAUACCCAAUUUUUCAAGCCCUGCUUUUCCCAUACAGCGGAAAGGAAAGGGCAAACGAAACAAAAAAAAAAUCGUAUUUGUGCAAUUGUGUCGUGAGAUUUCUGCAUUUGCUUAUGUUUUGUUUUUCCUUUUCUUUGAAGUUUAAACAAAACCAGAGAUAGAUUCGUCUCUUUAUCGGAUAAUAGCACACCAUAUGUUGGCCAUACAUAUAUUUAUGAACCAGUAAGGAUUGAAAUAUGUGGAGCUAAUUGGCAACCACUGAAAAUCCAUUCCGCCACAAUGUGCAAUAUAUUUGGGUUAGAAAAAAACAAAACCGGCGUGCCAUACGUUCUGCAUCAUGAAUGCAAGCCAGCGUACGGGAAACAGACACGCUGCAGGAUUGUUACCCCGCCAUGUACAAAAACUAGAUUAUAGGAAGAGACACACUAUGAAGCCGAAGAUACACGCGCCCGCGUGCGCGUGUGGAAGGUGGAUGUUCUUAUGGUUUUUGUAUUUAAGUUAACAUUCUCAAAACAAAAGGAGAAACCCUCGCUCAGGUGACAAGAUUGUAGUGGACAUAUUUUAAACCAAAACUUAUGUAGCUGUAUAAGGGGACAAAAAUAGGGUAGGAUAAAAUGUACCUUCCGGUGAAGGCACACGAGAGGCCAGCUGUUUAGGGCAAUGAGUUAACUGUUUCCUAUUUUGAUUUAGUUUUUGUUGGUUUUCUAUUCCGUUUACAUAGAUGGAAAAUGGGAAAGCCUACAGUAUCUUUAUCUAUUAUCCAAUUCUAGUCCGAUUUUUCUAGUCCAAAUUUCUAAGCGUACACUUAUAUUUACGAAAGCGACAACCUAUCUUAAUCUUACUGAUGGUAAACAAAAAGAAACAAAAGAAACAUUAUGUGCACAAGACAUGCACGAAGUUAAUCAUCUAUUAGUUGAAAAGGGAUGGAUUGGUUUAGUAUUUUUACUUUCGUUUUGUGAACGUAAUCAUUACUCCUAGUUGAAGCUAAAAUAAAUCACAACACAAACGAAUCAGAUAACAAUAAACGAUGUUUUGAUACAUAAGUGCACGUGAAGUUGCUGAGAACAUUCAUUAAUGUGUUUCGGAGGGAAGAACUUUGCAUUAAACGAGACAUGUCGUUCAGAAAAUAUGUAUAUCAUCUAUUGCCUCACACGUGGGCACUGUUUCUUACCAACAAAAACUUAUUGAACAAGUGAACUUACUCACGGGGAGUAAACUUAUGCCAGUCCUUUGUAGGAACGGAAUUUCUUGUACUGCUUCACGAUAUCUGUGAACAGUAGGCGGCUGCU